AUGGCUGAGUUACGAGAUGUGAUUCCAUCGAUCUUCUUCCUCUUUCUGGUCCUCUCUCUAUGUUCUGCCAACAAAGAAGAGGCGUUUUCUUCUACAGGGUAUGUUGAAAUGGAGUGCUUGAGCGUCUCGCCGUUGGAGUUCGCCGGAGCGGCCAAAACUGCCGUCGACGCGAUCAGAAAAGCCGGAGCUUUAGUGUCUAAGUUCGACAAGAAACUUGGGAAUUCACGAGUGGGUAAUGCGAUUCUUGAUUGCGUUGAUCUUCUUGAUUCUGCCUCCGAAGAGCUUUCUUGGAUCAUCUCUGCCUCUCAGAACCCUAAUGGUAAAGACAAUAGUACAGGAGACGUGGCCUCGGAUCUAAAGACAUGGAUAAGCGCCGCCCUUUCUAACCAGGACACGUGCCUCGAUGGCUUCGAGGGAACUAAUGGAAUUAUCAAAAAAGUCGUGGCCGGUGGUCUUAGCCAGGUCGGUAAAACCGUCCGAAAUCUACUAACCAUGGUUCACUCUUCCUCUAAGCCCAAACCCAAGCCCAUUAAAGCCCACACGACGACCUUUGCUCAUAGUGGUUUCAGCAAGUUUCCCUCGUGGGUUAGACCCGGUGAUCGGAAGUUGCUGCAAACUGAUGGCUUGCCAACGGUGGCUGAUGCUGUUGUAGCCGCAGAUGGGACCGGGAAUUUCACGACGAUAGGUGAGGCGGUGUUGGCCGCACCGGACUACGGUACCAAAAAAUAUGUGAUACAUGUGAAAAGAGGUGUAUAUGCGGAGAAUGUGGAGAUUAAGAAAAAGAAAUGGAACAUUAUGAUGGUUGGUGAUGGCAUUGACGCCACCGUGAUCACCGGUAACCGGAGUUUCAUCGACGGUUGGACUACUUUCCGGUCUGCGACUUUUGCUGUGAGCGGAAGAGGAUUUAUCGCACGAGACAUAACAUUUCAAAACACAGCUGGACCGGAGAAGCACCAGGCGGUCGCAAUCCGGUCAGACUCGGAUCUCGGGGUUUUCUACCGGUGCGCGAUGAGAGGUUACCAAGACACACUCUACGCGCACACAAUGCGUCAAUUCUUUAGAGAAUGCAUCAUAACAGGAACCGUAGACUUCAUAUUCGGAGACGCAACAGCCGUAUUUCAAGACUGCCAAAUCAAAGCCAAACAAGGUUUACCAAGCCAAAAGAACAGCAUCACAGCUCAAGGACGUAAGGAUCCGAACCAGCCGACCGGGUUCACGAUCCAAUUCAGCAAUAUAACAGCUGAUACCGAUCUACUUCCUAACCUAAAUACUACCGCUACUUACUUGGGCCGGCCGUGGAAAUUGUAUUCAAGAACAGUGUUCAUGCAAAACUACAUGAGUGACGUACUCAAACCCGAAGGAUGGCUCGAAUGGAACGGGAAUUUUGCGUUGGACACGUUGUAUUAUGGCGAGUAUAUGAACAGUGGACCAGGGGCUAGUCUUGACCGUCGUGUCAAGUGGCCGGGAUACCAUGUGUUGAAUACUUCGACGGAGGCUGUUAAUUUUACGGUGGCUCAAUUCAUACAAGGAAACUUGUGGUUGCCGGCAACUGGUAUUAGAUACAUUGCUGGUCUAACUUCGUAA